AUGCGCGAACCAAGACACACGUCAACAUCGAUCGAACCGAACGAGCAAAUCCCCCAGAGCCUGCCUCUGAACGCCGACCUUAGUAUUACAAUGACACUUGAGAGCCAACCCCGGCGCUCUACAAAGAAGUACCGCGCGGUCAAGCGGCCUGACGGUAUCAUUGUCGAGCAUCCUCGGUAUCGACCAGCAGGCACGUCGCAGAAGCCCACAAGAAAUCCCGAACGGAACUUGGUCUCAGUAGAUCAUGUCGGUCCGAACAGUAUGGAGCACGACCUCAUGGGUAUAGGCAUGGGCAUGGGCAUCUCUGUUCGCGCCGUGCCCGUCGAUGCUAUGGGCAGUGACAACUGCACUAGACGGGGGAGAGGGAGGGGAGGAUACAACGAGGUUGCGCGCGAGCUCACACCUGCUCACAUCAUGGCAAUCGGGUGCAAACAGCAGUGCUAUGCCGACUUUAAUCCGAUGGCUCGCUUCCUUAGCGAGCAAGGGCCCUGGAGUCCUCACUCUUCUCGAGAAGAUGCAGGAAAAGACCAUGGAUCCUACUCAGCUGCAGCUUCCUCAGUGCCAGGAUCAAAAAGGAAGGUGCUGUGGUGA